GUUCGUCUUUAGCUCCCUCAGUUCCUCAAAUKAUAUUAUACACAUUUUUUUUUCUUCAGAUGAAAAUUUAACUUUUUACUGAACAUAAAUAUUAAAUUAUAUUGCAUAGUAUAAUAAUGAACUAUUGUCUAUACUUUCUACCUAUAUUAAAAAUAAAAUCGGGAGUAGCUUGUAAAGAAAUUUCUCAAAAUAUUGGAUAUUUACACCACUGUGACUAUAUAUGCGAAAAUGACAGAAAAUAUUAAAGAAACAGUAAAWUGGAAUAGGCACGAGAUUGAAGAAAAAAUUGGACACGAUAAAUUUAAAAACAAUCAAUUAUGGACUGACAAUUUUUACUUUGUGAUCGUGGCUGAUCCUCAAUUUGGUUUCAUAAAGCCACCUCUAAAACGAGAUCCUAAAGACUGGAAAAUAGAAAUGGAUAAAGCUAUUUUUGCAAUAGAUAAAAUUAAUAAUUUGUCCCCAAGACCUCAAUUUUUGGUUGUGUGUGGCGACUUAAUAAAUGAAAUGCCUUGUAAUGAUACUGUGUUAAAUGAACUACAAAUAAAUGAUUUUAAGAACAUUUUCUCAAAUGUACACCCCUCUAUAUCUCUGGUUUGCUUGUGUGGAAAUCAUGAUAUUGGUGAUAUCCCAGAUAAAAAUUCAAUCAACAAAUACCGUGAGAAUUUUGGCCAAGAUUAUUUUUCAUUUUGGUGUGGAGGAGUACUGUUUUUAGUGUUAAACUCCCAAUAUUAUAAAAAUGGUAGUGAUGUCGAUAAAUUUGCAGCACAACAAGAAGAAUGGUUAAAUGAAAUAUUGAAGAAAUACAAAGGUCAAAGAAUAAUUGUAUUUCAACACAUACCAUGGUUUAUAAGUAAAUUAGAUGAGGAAGAUUCAUAUUUCAAUAUUCGAAAAAACCUUAGACAUGAAAUGCUUGAAAAACUGUGUGGAGCUGGUGUGACUCAUGUUUUUUCUGGCCAUUAUCACAAAAACUCAACUGGAUUUUAUAAAAAUCUUGAAUUGGUUACAACUUGUGCACUCGGAGCUCCAUURGGAGAAGAUCCUUCCGGACUAAGAGUGGUCAAAAUGUAUGAAAACAAUGUUGUACAUACAUAUUAUCCUCUAGAACAAAUACCAAAUUCUAUUUGAAAUUAAAAUAUUUAGUAUAAUUUAAAAUUUUGUAACAUUUAAAUCAAUACAAAUUUUAAUAAAG